AUGAUCUCCACUUUAACAUACGUUAAUGUGGUAAGCUUGGGAGCCAAACCUGAUGGGAAGACUGACUCGGCCAGGCCUUCCUCGAGGUGUGGGUUGUGGCCUGUGGAUCAUCCAGGCCGGCAACGAUUCAUGUGCCUCCGGGAAGGUACUUGGUUGGAAAGGCCAAAUUUGUGGGGCAAUGCAAGAACAAUAACAUCACAUUUUGUGUUGACGGCACCCUUGUGGCACCCUCCGACUAUAAAAUUAUCGGAAGUGACGACACUGGGCUUCACAAAAUCAAACAAUGUGGUGAUCAGUGGAUUGACCUCUCUGAAUAGCCAGAUGUUCCACCUCGUGAUCAACGGCUGCCGCAACGUCAAACUCCAAGGAGUAAAGAUCUCGGCUGUUGGAGACAGUCCGAACACUGAUGGUAUCCACGUGCAGAUGUCCUCAGACGUCUCCAUCUUCAAUUCUAGGAUUAGCACCGGCGACGACUGUGUGUCCAUAGGUGCAGGCACCUCAAACCUCCAGAUUCAGAAUGUGUCUUGUGGUCCUAGACAUGGGCAUUAG